AAGAGGCAAUCUUCAAUUUCCCGCCCAAAACCCUGAUAUAUUUCUCUCACCCUCUCCCUUGAUCGUCAUUUUCUCUCUCUUCAUAUUUUACAGUGGAAAGUGGAGGUUGAUAUACCUACCGGCAAGGUGACCAAAAGAUUUUACCAGGUGAAUCAAAGUGGAACAGUUCAAUGGAGGAUGAGAAGGAUGCUUUUUAUGUUGUCAAGAAGGGGGACAUUGUUGGUGUCUACAAAAGUUUGAAUGAUUGCCAAGCUCUACUUGGAUCCUCUGUGUGUGAUCCUUCUGUAAGUGUGUUUAAAGGUUAUUGUUUGCCAAAGGAGGCUGAGAAUUACCUCGGCUCUCAUGGUCUUAAGAAUGCUGUUUAUUCUAUUGGGGCUACUAAUGUGCAAGAUGUUCUUUUCGGUCAACUUGCUGUCUGCCCCUUUCAGCAACCAGCUUCUUCUAAAGGAAAAGCAUUGGACAACAUUUCUCCCGUAAAGAGAUUGCAGCAUGGGGUAGUUGGAUCAUCUUCUAUUCCAGCAAUUCCUCAGAGUAAACAAGCCAAAUUGCAAAAUUUCAUUGAAGCUCCAGCUUUAUGUGGCCAUAUUCCAUCAGUUUGGCUUGCCAAUGAAUAUCCUCAUUCUAGCAAUGCCCAUGCUACUAAAGUUGACCAUGUCAAGCAACUCUCCUGUACUAUUGAGUUUGAUGGUGCUUCGAAAGGGAAUCCUGGACUAGCUGGGGCAGGUGCUAUGCUGCGUGCUGACGAUGGAAGUAUGGUUUGUCGAUUGCGGGAAGGUGUUGGCAUUGCAACUAAUAACGUAGCUGAAUAUCGAGCAGUUAUUUUAGGCCUGAGAUAUGCUCUUAAGAAAGGAUUUAAACACGUUCGUGUCCAAGGAGACUCUAAACUCGUCUGUAUGCAGGUUCAGGGUUUGUGGAAAAUUAAAAACCCAAACAUGGCGGCCUUGUGUAAGGUGGCUAAGGAGCUGAAGGAUAAGUUUAUGUCUUUUGAGAUCCGUCAUGUUGAAAGGGAGUUCAACUCUGCAGCUGAUGCUCAAGCGAACCUGGCUGUAUAUCUCAAAGAUGGGGAAGUUGAGGCUGAAUGUGAUAUUCAGUAGUGCAAAUGGUUGGAAGUAGCAACUUUGCUUUGUCAAGAAGAUUGGAUGAAAACAUAUAUCUAGACUACUUGUUAGUUAUCAAAUAGGGCCUAAACUCUUUGGUUGUUGGGAAGGUACAUGAAUGAUGUGUUUAUAUAAUAACCACAAUGGGAGUGUUUGAGCUAAUUUCUUUUGGUUAGCGGGGCCUAUAAUUAGGGCUGUUCAAAAAUCUGUUCAAACUGAUAAUUCGGAUCGAAUCAGACUAAAUCGUACGGUUUGGUUCGGUUCUAUUAAGAACCGGUUCGGUUUCGUUUUAAGAAGUAUGAGAACUGUAAAAAUGGUUCGGUUAAUGGAUUUUAUGAAAAAAUUACGGUUCAAAUCGAA